CCCGGAGCCGCGGCCGGACGCCUGCGCCGGGGUCCCCGGAAGCGGCGCGGAGAGGCGGAGCGGCCGCGCCCGGCACCUGCCCGGCCUGGGCACGGGUGCCAGCAGCCCACAGUGUCGGCAGUGCGAUGGUGCCCUGAUGGAGCCCAACGCCUUUCCCCAGCUGCAGCUCUGGUGCCCACGGCCCUUUGGCACUUACUCCCAGAACAAACCAUGCCCCGGUCCCAGCUCCACCAAGAAACCUUUCACCUGCCGUCCCACCGAAGAGCCCGCUGGAGCCCGAGCCCCUUCCGAAAACACGCCGCCGGCUCCCGCCAAUGCGGCCACAGCUCCUCCGGCACCAGCGGAGGAAGGGAGGGUGCUGCUGGACACUUGGUAUGUCAUCAAACCGGGCAACACCAAGGAAAAGGUGGCCUUCUUUGUGGCACACCAGUGUGGCGGCGGCAUCAGCGCCAGUGGCACUGGCAGCCGCGCCAGCACCAUGAAGGUAAAGGGCAACUGGGGCACUGAUAGCUCCAAAGCCAAGCGGCGGCGGCGCUGCCAUGACCCCACUAAGAACAAAGCAGCCCCAGUGUGGGCUGCUGGUGGCAGAGACCCGGCUUGCCUGUGUCCUGGCGAGCCGCCCACUGGCGGCAGCGAAGCCCCCGAUUUGCUGUCGGUGGCCGAGAUGGUGGCGUUGGUGGAGCAGAGGACGGCGCUGGCGUUGCAGAGCUUUCCCCGGCCCUGCAGUGCUCCCGCUGCCCCUGUUGUCUUCGUGGAGGCGGCCAACAGCGAAACCAAAGCGCCAGGUGGCUCCGACUGCAGCCGGGUGGCUGAAGCUGUUGCCCACUUUGAGUCACGGCAGCGGGAGCACGGUGGCACCCGGCCCAACGGGCUGUACCGCCCGGGUGCUGAGUGUGCCACGGCAGCGGCGGCGCCGGGGCCCGGUGAGGUGCGUAUCGCCUUCCGCAUCUCCAGCGGGCGCGAGUCCCGUGCCGGGGCUGCCGCGGCUGAGCCGGGCGCUGCCGGACGUCCCAAUUGUGUCUUUAUGAGCUGCGGGACGGCAAGCGGCAGCGGCGGCACUGGUGGCCGUGCCAAGGACAAGAUCACCUGCGACCUCUACCAGCUGAUCAGCCCGUCCCGCGAUGCGCUGCCCAACAACGUGGAGUUCCUCCUGGCCACCGCCAGUCCCAAGGGGGACGGGGACGGCCCCGACGUGGACAUGGGGUGCGGCGAGGCGUUGGCAGCUGCGAUCAAGCCGGAGAUGGGGGAAGGAAGCGUUGAGGGAGCAUCAGCACGGGAUUGCACCUCUGGCUUCCAUGUGGACGUGGUGGUGACAGGGGUGGUGGACCAAUGCGUCUUCUUUGGCAAGGACAGUGCCAAGAAGAUGAAGGAGGAGACCGUGCGGCUGCCGGCGGCGGCUCAGGAGGACCCACCGCCAGGGCAGCUCUUCCUCCUGCCUGUCCCCGAGGAGACGCCAGCAGCGGAAGACACGGAGGCCGGCGAGGAGUCGUCGGCCAUCCCCGACCCCUCGCUGUGCCGCUUGUACCGUCACGUCUCCCACGACUUCUUGGAGAUCCGCUUCAAGAUCCAGCGGCUGCUGGAGCCCCGUCAGUACAUGCUACUGCUGCCGGAGCACGUCAUGGUGAAGAUCUUCAGCUACCUGCCCACCCAAGCGCUGGCCGCCCUUAAGUGCUCCUGUCACUACUUCAAAUCCAUCAUUGAGACCUUCGGGGUGCAGGCUACCGAUUCCCGCUGGAACCGUGACCCCCUGUACCGUGAUGACCCCUGCAAGCAGUGCAAGAAGCACUACGAGAAGGGGGAUGUGUCCCUGUGCCGGUGGCACCCCAAGCCCUACCACCACGACCUGCCUUAUGGCCGAUCCUACUGGAUGUGUUGCCGGAGACCUGACAAGGAAGCGCCCGGGUGCAGGGUGGGCUUGCAUGAUAACAACUGGGUACACCCGGCCGCCCGGCGUGACGACGGCAGGUGAAGGGACAGGAGCCAGCAGGGACAGUGGUGCAGGAUUCUGGGGGGAACGUGGAGUGGGGAGGUUGUGCACAGCGGCUGCUGGAAAGGGCGGAGG